AUGGCUGUAAAACAUUUAAAAAGUAAUACAUUGGAUAUUUCCACGAAGCUGCCACCAACCUCAAACUCAUUCUAUCAACAUUGUUUACGUUGCUGGCGUCAAACUUAUACAUGGAAAAAAGCUUUCGAACAAUAUGAUAUUAUUUGUCAUUAUCCAGUCGAAGAUUAUGGUUAUCAACUGACAGAUAAUGGUGCAAUAAGCCUUCAAUGGAUAACAAUACCGCCAAUGCCUGAUGAUAUAUCUUUGGUAAAGUGUGGUAACUGUACAAGUGGUUGUCGAAAAUGUAAAUGCAAUGUAUAUAAUUUAUCAUGUACGCCUUUCUGUGGAUGUUCACCUGAGAAUUGUAAGAAUCGAACAAAUACUCAAGUAUCUACACCAACAACUUUAACAGCACCAUUACCAUCAAAAAAUGGCAAAUAUGUAAAGAAGAAAUAUUAUAUUUGUGAUGAUGAACAUGAUAUCCACAGGAAUAGUAAUACUGAUAUUGAUUUUGAAGAUCAAGAUAUAAUCGAAUCAGAUUACGAUGAUCUAGUAAAUACGUAA